AUGGAGUUAUCGAUCCUGGAACCAGUCUUCCGGCUUCCAGUCAACCAGGAAGACUUGUCGAUUGAAGUUCUCAGCCUUACGCACCACACCCCGUCGUCUAUUGAGUCAGUGCCGCCCAAGUCAGACAAUGCCACCCAGUUGCAACUCGGAAGGAGGGUGUUUUCCACCGCGCAGCCACUGCAGGAUCACCUGGGAGAGACGAAGCGAGACAAAUACCUGAUCCAAGUAAUGUGCGAUACCCCCCAAACCAUCUUGGUCAUGUCCCUGUCCCUGUCCCAGAUUAACGUUAGGCUCAGCUCCCUCACAAAGGAGAACUCAUACGCGCCGAUGGAUGUCGACAAGGGCAUGCUGGAAGCAGUACUGGCAUGUCACGACGUGAUGCCACCCUUCCAGCAGGUGAUUUUGGCCUUCCGUCCCAAGACCAACCGGCUCGAAGAGGCCUACUCGGAACCCUUGUCGAAGCGGCAGCGGAAAAACAUUGUGGGCGAGUCAAAACUGGGAGUCACCGUUGUUUGA